AUGGUUCGUCAGCUUGCAUUGGCUUGCGGACUGCUGGCAGCAGUGGCAGUCCAGGCAGCCCCUGCGGAACCGGCUCACCCUAUGGUGACUGAAGCACCGGAUGCCAGUCUGCUCCAUAAGAGAGCCACCACCUGCACCUUCUCGGGCUCUGAGGGUGCUUCCAAGGUGAGCAAGUCCAAGACGGAUUGCUCCACCAUCUACCUGUCCGCCCUGGCCGUCCCCUCUGGUACCACUUUGGAUUUGAAGGACCUGAAUGACGGAACCCACGUCAUCUUCGAAGGCGAGACCACCUUCGGCUACGAGGAGUGGGAGGGCCCGCUCGUUUCCGUGUCCGGAACUGAUAUCACUGUUGAGGGCGCCAGUGGUGCCGUGCUCAACGGCGAUGGCAGCCGCUGGUGGGAUGGAGAAGGAAGCGACGGUGGCAAGACUAAGCCCAAGUUUUUUGCCGCCCACGACCUGACUUCCUCGACAAUCAAGAGCAUCUAUAUUGAGAACUCGCCGGUGCAGGUCUUUAGUAUCGAUGGCUCGACCGAUUUGACUAUGACUGACAUUACGAUCGACAACACCGAUGGUGAUACUGAUGAUCUCGCCGCCAACACCGAUGGUUUUGACAUCGGGGAGAGCACCGACAUCACCAUCACCGGAGCCACGGUCUACAAUCAGGAUGACUGCGUUGCUAUCAACUCGGGCGAGAACAUUUACUUCGCUGCCGGUGUUUGCUCCGGUGGCCAUGGUCUAUCUAUUGGCUCCGUCGGCGGUCGGGAUGAUAACACAGUGAAAAAUGUCACUUUCUACGACGUCAAUGUUCUUAAGUCUCAGCAAGCUAUUCGUAUCAAGGCCAUUUACGGAGACACUGGCUCGAUCAGCGACAUCACUUAUCAUGAGAUUGCCUUCUCGGACGCCACGGACUACGGUAUUGUUGUUGAACAGAACUACGAUGAUACCUCCAAGACCCCGACCACUGGGAUUCCCAUCACCGAUUUCACCCUUGAGACUAUCAUUGGCACCUGCGCGGACGACGAUUGCACUGAUAUCUACAUUGCAUGCGGGAGUGGUGCCUGUUCGGACUGGAGCUGGUCCGGCGUGAGUGUGACGGGCGGUAAGGUCAGCACGGACUGCUUGAAUGUGCCCUCCGGGAUAAGCUGCGACUUGUGAGG